CUCUAAAGUCAGACAAGCAGUCUCAAAAGUUCUAGAAGAAAGCGAAUUUGUGCGUUUAAGAAGCGUUAGUAUGUCGGAUAACAGGAAACUACUCGCUCUAUUGCAACGUCCUUUGGAACCCACGUUCUAUCCCAAGGAUGAUGGUAAAACGGUAGUGGACUUGCCGGAGAACUUUUUGACCGAGCGUUAUCGGCCGAUCGGCGCUUCACUUCAAAGUCGCUUCGGAAAUGAUGCCGAUACUCGCAUCCCCGUACGAAGUGUAGCCACACCUAACAUUGCAUUUGCUGAAGCUAUACCUCGCCGUGGAGGUUUUUCUUUGUUUAUUCCGACACAUCGCAAAAUUGCCGGUGAUCUCAUUAACCUCUUCGUUAGCCAACCAAAUGUGGACACGUUGAUGAGUGUAGCAGCCUAUUCUCGUGAUCGUUUGAACCCCAUUCUUUUCCAAUAUACGCUAUCUGUUGCGAUCCAACAUCGCGCGGAUACAAAAGAUCUUAACAUUCCCUCAUUUUUGGAGCUAUUCCCCGAUUCUUUCGUCGACCCAUCAGUCUUUCCCAAGUUGCGCGAAGAAGGUGCCGUUGUACAAAUGGAAAAUAGAAUGACAAUUGAUAUCCCUAUGAACUACACCGCUUCGGAUCGUGAAGAUGAGCAGCGUUUAGCAUAUUUUCGUGAAGAUAUUGGAGUCAACCUUCAUCAUUGGCAUUGGCAUUUGGUGUACCCUGGAGAAGGACCUGACGAGGUCGUUCGAAAGGAUCGGCGAGGAGAGUUGUUCUACUAUAUGCAUCAACAGCUGAUAGCCCGUUAUAACGUAGAACGCUUUUGCAAUCGAUUGGCCAGGGUGCGACCUUUGACCAACUUGCGAGAGCCGCUACCUGAAGGAUACUUCCCCAAAAUCAUUCGUAGUCUAAAUAACCGUGCUUUCCCUCCUCGUCCUCAAAAUACUAUUCUUAGGGAUAUCAAUCGUGUCGAAGAUACCGUGAACUUCACAGUAAGCGAUCUGGAGCGUUCGGAAAGUAGAAUAGCAGAGAGUAUUGAUGGUGGCUACGUUGUUGGACCCGGUGGUGCUCGCAUUCCUCUUGACGAAGCAACAGGUAUUGAUGUACUCGGAAACAUUAUGGAGCCCUGUCAGCUUUCUGUUAAUCCCACUUACUAUGGAAAUUAUCACGGGAAUCUGCAUAACAUAAUUGCCUUCAGCCAUGAUCCAGACAAUCGCUUCUUAGAAGGAUAUGGUGUAGUUGGAGAAUUUCAAACGGCUAUGCGUGAUCCAUCCUUCUACCGUCUGCAUGCUCAGGUCGAUAACAUGUUUCAUCGAUACAAACGUACACUUCCCUCUUACAACUCCAACCAGUUGAACUAUAAUGGUGUGCAGAUACAAUCUCUUGGUGUUCAGUUGAACCGACCUAAUGCACCGGCUAAUGUUCUCCUAACAUAUUGGCAGAGAUCCCAAGUGGAUCUCGCAACUGGUUUGGACUUUGGCCCUCAAGGAAACGUAUUUGCCUCUUUCACACAUCUCCAACAUGCACCAUUUACAUACCGCCUCUCAGUUAACAACACCACUGGAUCACCACGUCGUGGAACAUGUCGUAUUUUUAUUGCUCCAAAGGUAGACGAACGGAAUACUCCCCUUACAAUGAACGAACAGCGCUUGUUGAUGGUUGAACUGGACAAGUUUACCGUAAACUUGAAUGCUGGUACCAAUAAUAUCGUACGACGUUCUGAACAAUCUAGCGUAACCAUUCCUUAUGAGCGGACAUUCCGCCAGGUUGCCUUAUCAAACGUCAAUGAACCCAGCACCGCCCAAUUCAGAUUCUGCAACUGUGGAUGGCCGCAUCAUUUAUUGAUUCCGAAAGGAACUCCCGAAGGAAUUCAGUUCGAUCUUUUCGCAAUGAUCUCAAAUUAUGCAGAUGACACCGUCAACCAAGAGUUUGAUGAGAAUGUAAAUUGCAACGAUUCGCACUCCUUCUGUGGUUUACGCGACCGUCUUUAUCCUGAUCGACGUCCCAUGGGCUAUCCUUUCGACCGCUCUAUUCCUACAAACGUGCAAAAUCUACCUCAAUUCGUGGGAGCAAAUACUAACAUGGCAACGACACAAGUGCAAGUUCGUUUCACCAACACCGUUAUAUCCAGAACUUAAAAUAAGUAACCUACGCGAAUAUUCAAUAUGGAUGAACAUGGAA